AUGAAACACCGAUCAACCACAAGUGUUGGCAAAGAUGUUAAUUAUGAAUGCAUGGAACUAGGCAAAAUUGUUUUCCACCUGUUUGUCAAAUACAUGUCCUCUAGAAAAUAUUUUGAAUACGUCCUGCUCACUGAGCGAAAUUUUAAAGAGCCGCAAUUAAUUCUACAAAUAGUGUUGAUACUUUAUGGUUUAUUUAUGUUGAGAUUAAACUUUCUUUUGUUAGUUAUUUGUGUUUUAAUUAGUGUGGUUCUUUUAACUUUGUUGGAGCGAAAGGUUUUAGGUUUUGUUCAGAUUCGUGAAGGCCCAAAUAAAAUAGGAUUUGUAGGGAUUCCACAGCCUUUUAGUAAUGCUAUUAAGUUGAUUUCUAAGGAGCAACCUAUUCCUAUUAUAUUUAAUUAUUUACUUUAUUAUUUUUCCCCUGUUCUUAAUUUAGUUCCCUGCAGUCUGUUGCUCAAAGGAUUUCUUAUGAACUUUGGCUUGUUUUGCUUCUUGUUUGCUGAAACUAAUCGGACUCCUUUUGAUUUUGCUGAGGGUGAGUCUGAAUUAGUUUCAGGGUUUAAUAUUGAAUAUGGUGCAAGUGGUUUUACUUUAAUUUUUUUGUCUGAAUAUACUAUAAUUGUUUUUAUGAGAAUGUUAUUUUUUUAUUUCAUUUAUUUAGUGAAAUGUUUUGAGAAAAGUUAA